AUGCCGUCCAGCUCGUUCCAAGUGGAGACCAUGCCGGUGAGGGGGGAGGAGGGGGGAGGGGAGGAGUGGGGGAGUGAGAAAGAGAGGGAGGGAGGGAGGGAGGGAGGAAGAGAAGGUGGCAGGUGGGCGAGUGUGGGGGCGAGUGGCGGCGAGGCUUAUAGAAUCGAGAGAAGCUCUAUGAGAAAGAACCACGAGAACCCCUCCCUUGGCGUGGUGUGUGGGCGAGUGACGAGGCCCAUAGAGCAAGGUGUGGUGUGUGGGCGAGCCGCGAGUGACGAGGCCCAUAGAGCGAGUGGGGCGGUACAAAUACCUCCAUUGGCUUUUUCCCAUGCCGUACGCCCCCCCCUGCCAUCCCCCUCCCCUCUCUCAACCAUCAGGGGCGUGGUGUGUGGGCGAGUGGCGAGGCCCAUAGAGCGAGUGGGGCUGUAUGUGCCUGGAGGUACCGCUGUGCUACCCUCUACUGCUCUCAUGCUCGCUGUGGUGAGUACAGGUCACAGAGGGAGCGGCGGAGGGACGGAGCGUGCGAGCAGGCAUAGCAGUCUGCACUACUGUGGUGGUCGCCACUCUCCCAGCCCCUCUAGCUUCGCUCCAUCUCUCUGUCGCAUCCAACCCCCCUCGCUCUUGCCGCUCGAUCCAUCGCCCCCCCACUCCACCUCCCAGCCGGCAGGCAUAGCAGGCUGCACCACUGUGGUGGUCGCCACUCCUCCCCGCCCUGAUGGUUCAAUCUGCCCGGAGGUGCUGUACUGCUGCAAGAAGGCAGGGGCCACUCACAUUCUCAAGGCAGGAGGGGCCCAGGCUGUUGCCGCCAUGGCAUGGGGCACAGCCACCUGCCCCAAGGUGGACAAGAUCUUUGGCCCCGGCAACCAGUACGUGACAGCAGCCAAGAUGGCGCUGCAGACCAGCGAGGCCAUGGUCUCUAUCGACAUGCCUGCUGGGCCUUCCGAGGUGCUUGUGAUUGCCGACGAGACUGCCAGCCCAGCCCACGUCGCUGCCGACCUGCUCUCCCAGACGAGUGAGAACAUGGUCUCCGUCGACAUGCCUGCCGGGCCUUCCGAGGUGCUUGUGAUCGCGGACGAGACUGCCAGCCCAGCGCACGUCGCUGCUGACCUGCUCUCCAAGGCGGAGCACGGGCCGGACAGUCAGGUGGUGCUUGUGGCAGUGGGCGAGGGGGUGGAUCUGGCAGCCAUCGAAGCAGAGGUGGAGCGACAUCGAGGAGAGCUGCCUGUUCUCCCUCUUCACUCACUUGUUUCCUGCCUUUCCCCAAUCCCUCUCCCUCUCUCCCUUGCCUCCUUCAAUCACCAACAGGCGGAGCACAGGCCGGACAGUCAGGUGGUGCUGGUGGCGGUGGGCGAGGGGGUGAAUCUGGCAGCCAUCGAAGCGGAGGUGGGCAGUGGGGGGAGAUGCCUGCCCUCCCGUCUCACUCUCUUCCUUCCCUUCCCAUCAGGCGGAGCACGGGCCAGACAGUGGAGUGGCAGCACAGGGGGGGUGGGGAGCUGCCUGUCCUCCCUUCUCACUCUCUUCCUUCCUGUCCCCCCCCCCGUCCCUCUCUUACCUCCUGUCAACCACUGGCAGGCGGAGCACGGGCCAGACAGUCAGGUGGUGCUGGUGGCAGUGGGCGAGGGGGUGGAUCUGGCAGCCAUCGAAGCAGAGGUGGAGCGCCAGCGGGGAGAGCUGCCCCGAGGGGACGUUGCUGCUAAAGCUCUGAGCCACUCAUAUGUGGUGGUGGCGGCUGAUAUUAACGAGGUGCUGAGCCACUCGUAUGUGGCUGCCAAGGUGCUGAGCCACUCGUAUGUGGCUGCCAAGGUGCUGAGCCACUCGUAUGUGGCGGCUGUUUCUAUGCGGCUUUGCACCCAUCAGCUCAUCACAGUAUCACCAGCUGCUACUGCUGCUGCUGCUGCUGCUGCUGCUGCUGCUGCUGCUGCUGCUGCUGCUGCUGCUGCUGCUGCUGCUGCUGCUGCUGCUGCUGCUGCUGCUGCUGUGCUGUGCUGCUGUUGCGAUGCCGUCUUGCCAUUUCCACACACCCCUCUGUCCCACCAUUUUCGCGGCCUUGCCUAUAUGCCCAUCAUAUCGUCACACAUAUAUUCCCCAUCCCACCAGGCCUGUCUCUUCUCCAACCGCUAUGCCCCUGAGCAUCUUAUCAUCAACGCUGCCCAGGCUGUGGACUGCUUGCCCCUCAUCCGCAACGCUGGUGAGCCUCGGCCAUUUCCUGCUGCCUCACAUUGCAUGUCCAUCAUGGAUCCAUCCCAUAGGUCCCGUGCCCCCGAGCAUCUCAUAAUCAACGCCGCACGGGCUGUGGACUGCCUGCCCCUCAUCCGCAACGCUGGUAUGGUUCCAUUGGACUUGCGCUCCCACCAUCUGAUCAUCAACGCCGCACAGGCUGUGGACUGCCUGCCUCUCAUCCGCAACGCUGGAUCCGUCUUCCUAGGUCCAUGGACCCCCGAGAGUGUGGGUGACUACGCCAGCGGCACCAACCACGUGCUGCCCACCUAUGGAUCUGUCUUCCUGGGCCCAUGGACCCCUGAGAGUGUGGGUGACUACGCCAGUGGCACCAACCACGUGCUGCCCACCUACGGCUACGCUCGCAUGUACGGCGGUGUCUCACUCGACGCCUUCUUCAAGCACAUCACCGUACAGUCACUCUCGGCCUCGGGCCUGCAGCUGCUGGGUCCCUCUGUGGCCAAGAUGGCCGAAGUUGAAGGGCUUGAGGCGCACCGCCCUGCUUCAUCCCCUUCACAGCUGCUUCAUCCCCUUCACAGCUGCUUCAUCCCCUUCACAGCUGCUUCAUCCCCUUCACAGCUGCUUCAUCCCCUUCACAGCUGCUUCAUCCCCUUCACAGCUGCUUCAUCCCCUUCACAGCUGCUUCAUCCCCUUCACAGCUGCUUCAUCCCCUUCACAGCUGCUUCAUCCCCUUCACAGCUGCUUCAUCCCCUUCACAGCUGCUUCAUCCCCUUCACAGCUGCUUCAUCCCCUUCACAGCUGCUUCAUCCCCUUCACAGCUGCUUCAUCCCCUUCACAGCUGCUUCAUCCUCUUCACAGCUGCUUCAUCCCCUUCACAGCUGCUUCAUCCCCUUCACAGCUGCUUCAUCCCCUUCACAGCUGCUUCAUCCUCUUCACAGCUGCUUCAUCCCCUUCACAGCUGCUUCAUCCCCUUCACAGCUGCUUCAUCCCCUUCACAGCUGCUUCAUCCCCUUCACAGCUGCUUCAUCCCCUUAA